UUUAGUUCCAUCUGUUACAGCCCAUUUUAUGUGCUAUAUAUUUGUGUAGUCCAUGGUUGAGUGAAUGUAGAACUUUAUUUAGUAGUUUGGAGGUAUUCUGCGAAGCUACAUAAAAUAGAAAUAAUAAAUAAAUAAAGCUUUUUAAAACAGAUGAUUAUUCGUAAAGCAGCAGUGAGAGACGUCCUAUAAAGCCAUGACCUUAUACAGCCUCUCCUAAAUGACCUCUAGAUCACUGGGAUUGUGUGAAUGUCUGUGGUGUGUUCUCACAUGUGUGUAUGUGUCUGUGUGUGUGAAGUGUUAAUCCCACUCUGCAGUCCUGCGCCAUAAUGAAAUCCGUGUCUGCGUGCUGAUUGGAUGAGAGCGGCCAGGCCCGAGUCACGUGGAUGAGUUCUUUGGUCCGGAGUAAAAAUGGGGUUUGGUGUAAAUCUAGGGUGUAUUGCUGUCAUAUAUCACGCUACCUCGUAAAAACGACACUGAGGAUUCUGGGCCAACAAAUCAGAGAGGAAAAAAAUAUGAGUUCUUAUUAUGUGGAUGGUCUUCUUAGCAAAUAUACGGCGGGUAGUUCUCUCUUCCCAAACGUGGAGCGGGCGUCUUGCAGUAUUGGACCCAGUGGAGAGGACUAUGCCUCGGCUCGGACGGCUGCGGCCAUCGCGUUUGCACCAUCUCUAUCAGGAGUUUACAGCGUCAAUAAUGCAGUGUACCAGAGCAGACCCAUGUUUACCUCGGGCUAUGGCCAGGGGCAGGACGCGCACACACUGCACUGCAGCCUGUUUGACCAGAGCCGCCUGUUCACCGACAGCUGCUACCACCCGGAGCCGGGACCCCUUACCUCGCCGCCGGACAAACAAUACCGGAUGUACCCCUGGAUGAGAGCAUCAGAUCCAAACCGAAAGCGGGGGCGGCAGACCUACUCCCGGUACCAGACCCUGGAGCUGGAGAAGGAGUUCCACUUCAACCGGUACCUGACCCGCAGGAGGAGGAUCGAGAUUGCGCAUACCCUCUGCCUCUCAGAGAGACAGAUUAAAAUCUGGUUUCAGAACCGCAGGAUGAAGUGGAAGAAAGACCACAAGGAGGAACCGAGGGGAAAGGACGGUGACAUUCAGGCGGUGUCAGAGGCCGGAGAGCCCGAAGCUGGAGACACCGGGAACGGCGCUUUGGAGUCAGAAACAGCUGCAAAGUAACGAAAGACACGGGCAGAGAAUUAAAUGGAAGAAAAACACUGUUUAGUGUGAAUUAGAGAUAUACCUGAGAUGUUUCUCACAUACCAUUCAUGCACUAAAAGCUUUGUAGGCUGACUAAUUGAAUGACAGCUGAAGGCAAUUAUGUAAUAAGCAUUUAACAGCAGGCUGUAGGUCUGUGUUCAUAUUCAAACCCUAAAUACACACAAAGGCUCCGCAUCAAAGAGCGACAUCAACUACCUAUCCAAACUAUAUUUUUAUACAUGCAAUACGAUAGUGUUUAAUUUAACCUGAUUGUACUACUGAAUCAACAUUCCUUAACGAAAAACUACCUAAUAUUUACCUGCUAAUAUUAAACACUGACACAAAGAAUUCAGCGUAAAUUAAAUGUAUUUUACCUAUUCGAGUAAUUCUGCACCACAGACGAUUGUAUUUUCUAAAGGGAACAAAGACACCGUCCUGCGUAAAUGUGCCUUAUUUUGAGUUCAGGCUAAUUAAAAGUGAAUGUUUUUUUAGUUAAAUGCCUCCAACUGUGAUUUAGCUGCUUCAGUAGGUGACCCGCUGUAUUAUUAUUUUUAUUCAAGAUAUAAUUGCUUAGCACUUAUAAUGUUAACAUGCCUGUUUUCGAUACUUAUUUUCCCCUCUAUACAUCCCAGGUUAAACAUUUGUUUAGUAGUUUCGGAUGAUCUUAUGUAACCUACCUCAGAUUCCCAGAAAGCCAACUUGCUCAUAUCUAAUGUAAACAGGAAUACUCUGACGUAAAUGUUUUGAAGUCUCAGUCGUGUACUGUAAAAAUGUUGUUGCCUAUUUCCUUUUAGAUAAAUUGUCAGGCUCCAAAUUUCAUACGUGUUUGUGAAUGUCAGCAAUAAACGCAUGCACUUUUAUUUAACAUUUUUAAUAUCAAAGCAUUGCUUUUUUUGUGUUCGUGUAAAAAGCUAAAAUGUGCAAACCUUGUGGUAGAUUUAGUGCGCACGUUUUCAAUGUGAAGUACAAGCAACAUGUGAGCAAAUAAAUAUAAAGACAGUCUUAAACCUCUGGGAAUGUCUUAAAGCUGUAAAUUAAAAUAUAAUGGUUGAAUAAAAAAAUAGCUUUUAUCUGUGUAUUUGUUUGCAUGUAAUAUUUGCGAAUUUAAUAUUGUGCAACCACAACAGUCAUCAUAAUAUCCACAGUCAUAAUAACGCGCCGGUUGAGUAAUAUUAUGUUGCUCACAGGCACCCAUAAGUGCUGUUGACUGUGGCCGAUAUUAGGUUGCAUGUAAUGAAACAUGUCGCGCUCCAUUAUGAGUGUUAGGUAAACACUUAAGUUGGGGAAUGUGAACUAUGAGGAUGCGAGAUGGGGCAGGCUGCAC